CUCACUCCUCUCGGUUUGCCCCGGCUUGGUUCAGCCCCGCUCGGUCGGCACCGACCCGGACCAACACUGCUGCCCGCCCGGUGCCAGUAGAGCGGCCGGCGGGUUCCCCCCUCGCUGGGCCCCUUCUGCUGGUGUUCCAGCCGGAACCGCUGCUCCGGUUUCGUUUCCCGGCCGAAACGGGCAGCCACGGGGGGUUAAAGGUGCGGGUGUGUCAGUGGGAGAGGACGGAGCUGCGAUAGUUUCAGCGGAAGGCGAUGGACCUGCGGGGGUACCAGUGGGAGGCGGUGGGACCGGCCCUGCGCGGCCUCAACAGCAUCAUCUGGCUGCCUACGGGGGCUGGGAAGACCCGCGCCGCUGCCUUCGUCUGCCGGCAGCACCUGGAGAGCCGGCGGGGCCGGCGAGUGGCCGUGCUGGUCAACAAGGCACACCUGGUGGAGCAGCACGCCCAGAAAGAGUUCCAGGCGCUGCAGAAGGACUUCAGGGUGAUCGCCAUCAGCGGGGACAGCGACCGCAGGUUCUUCUUCGCUUCCCUGGUGAAGCAGAGCGAUGUUGUCAUCUGCACAGCCCAGAUCCUGCAGAACGCGCUGGGCAGCAGGGAGGAGGAAACGUCCCUGGAGCUGACGGAUUUCUCUCUGCUGGUGCUAGACGAGUGCCACCACACUCACAAGGAAGCCGUCUACAACAAGAUCAUGCUGAAUUAUCUCCAGCGCAAGCUCCGUGGGCAGCAGGACCUGCCACAGGUCCUGGGCCUGACAGCAUCCCCUGGCACUGGCGGAGCAACCUCCUUUGAGGGGGCUGUUGAGCACAUCCUGCAGAUCUGUGCCAACCUGGACACCGAGAAGAUUGUGUCAGUGCAGAAGGAGCUGCAGCAGCUGCAGAGCCACGUUCCCCAGCCCAGGAAGCAGCACGACCUGUGCCAGGAGAGAGCAGAGGACCCCUUUGGUGAGCAGCUGAAGACCAUGAUGGAGCGUAUCCAGCAGUACAUGGGGAUGCCCAGCCUGCUGCAGGACUUCGGCACGCAGAUUUACGAGCAAUACAUUGUGGACCUGGAGAAAAGAGCGGCAGAGACGUUUUGCCGCCGAACGCGGAUGUGUGCGCUGCACCUGCGCAAGUACAAUGACGCGCUGCUGAUCCACGACGCCGUGCGGAUGGUCGACGCCUUCCAGUGCCUCCAGCAGUUCUAUGAGACUGAGCAGGACACAAAAGACCCCACUGUACAGUUCCUCACUGCCAUAUUUGAGGAGAACAGGAAAAUCCUGCAGGAGCUCGCCAGGGACCAGCGCUAUGAGAACCCCAGGCUAUGCAAGCUGGAGGAAAUCCUGCGGGAGAACUUCCAGCCUCUGGGCAUCUCUCGUGGCAUCGUCUUCACCAAGACCCGGCAGAGUGCCCACAGCCUGCUCAGCUGGCUGCAGGACACAGCCACACUCCACGGGCAGCACAUCAGGGCUGCUGUCCUCACUGGCGCCGGCUACAGCAACCAGACCAGGCACAUGACACCAAGCGAGCAGCAGGAUGUGAUCAGGCAGUUCCGUGAGGGGACCCUCAACCUGCUCUUCUCCACCAGCGUGGCUGAGGAAGGCCUGGAUAUCCCGGAGUGCAACAUCGUGGUCCGCUACGGGCUGAUGACCAAUGAGAUCGCCAUGAUGCAGGCCCGUGGCCGUGCCCGUGCCCAGGACAGUGUCUACUCGGUCGUUGCCAAAGCCAACAGCAGAGAGGUCUCCCGUGAGCUGCUCAACGAGAACCUGGUGGAGCUCAUGGAGAAGGCGAUCAGAGCAGUGCAGGCUAUGCCUGAGGCCGAGUAUCGCCUCAAGAUCAUGGAGCUGCAGCAUGUGGCUGUGGCCUCCUGGCUGUUGAAGGAGGCCAGGAUCAGUGAGCAGCGGCGGCUGCAUGACCCCGACGCUGUUCUCUUCUACUGUGUCAGCUGCAACGUGGCCGUGUGCCGGGGCAGUGACAUCCGCAUGGUGGAGGGCAUGCACCACAUCAACAUCAACCCCAGCUUCAGGCUGUAUUACAAAGUCACCUCUGGGAAGAUGCAGUUCCCGCGGGCGUUCAAGGACUGGGAGCCCGGCUGCCGCAUCGGGUGCUGCCAGUGCAGCCAGGACUGGGGGAUGGAGAUGAUCUACCGGCAGGUGAAGCUGCCUAUGCUCUGCAUCAAAAACUUUGUGGUGGAGACACCGGCUGAGAAGAAGAAGUAUAAGAAGUGGAGCGCCGUGACGUUCCUUGUUGAGGAGUUUGACUACCUGGAGUACUGCUCCAGCACCCAGGACCUGUCCCUCUAGCACAGGCUGUGCUGAGAAAAGGACUACUCCAGGCCACGUCCUGGGGCAGUGGGACUCCCUCCAGGCCCCACCUCGUGAAGUCGCUUGCCCUCCAUUAAAGAAAGACUGGUGUGUGCUGGGAAGGAGAGCAGCGUUGGCAGUUUCACCCCCCGCGAGUGCUCGCCGUGCACAGGCAGGUUCGAUGUCGGUCAGCCCUGGCGCCAGAGCCCGGCCACCCCCCCCAGCGCCUGUCUGGAGCCGGGUCCCAUCGCUCCGGGUUCCCGGGAACGCCUGUCAGUGCCCUGCUGCCGGACCCGUGUGCCCCCCGCCCCGUGCUCUCCCGCCGGCGGUCGCUAGAGGGAAGCUCCGGCCCG